CCUAAGUACUAUAAAUACUGAGUAAACGCGUUUGCCUUCACCCACGCAUAAAAAUCUUUAUUUAGAAACAUUCUCCUUACCAGACCGCGUUCACGGGCAUCUAUAAGUCAGUAGCCAGUAGGUAGUCACUAUGCCAUUUCGUAUACGGCCUUGAUUUUGAGUGCAGUGAAGUACACAGAUUCGCGUCUUCCUAUAUCUCUAUUGAUUGUUAACUUAAUAGAUAAGAAGCUGAAAAUGUUUUAUUUACUGUUCGUGCUAUUCGCGAUUGUUCUGUCGUCGCCUAGUGACGCGUUGUCCACGAAAAUGACGAAAAAUCUGAAGGUUUUAGUGUCUUCUAACGACUACCCGGAAAGUGGAUUGGAAGUGUUAAAGGAACAUUUCACAGUGUUACAAAGCCGGUACCUACACUUUGGUAAAGAAGGAGAGGACAGCAAGGAAGAACUGCUCAACCUCAUACCCGGAUGCUCUGCGCUGGUGUGGUCUUCUCACUACCCGAUCUCCAAGGAGCUACUUGAUAAAGCAGGUCCCCAACUAAAGGUUGUGGCCACGGUAUCAGCGGGCUACAACCACGCCAACGUGCCGGAGCUGAAGGCGAGGGGCAUAAAAUUGUCCAACACGCCCAACGUGCUCAGCUCUGCUGUGGCUGAGAUCGCUGUGGCGUUGAUACUGGGCGCGGCGAGACGGUUCACCGAGAACUUGGCACAAGUUAGAAGUGGACAAUGGGAAAUUGGUUUCACCAAGACUCUGGGGCAAGACAUCCGAGGCAGUACAGUUGGUAUUAUUGGACUCGGCGGCAUCGGCCAGGCUACGGUGAAGAGACUGUCCGGCUUCGAAGUCGGCAAAUUCGUUUAUACUGGCCACAGGGAGAAACCUGAAGCUAAAGCCCUGAACGCGGAAUUCACAUCGCUGGACAACUUGCUGGCGCAGAGCGACUUUAUAGUGCUGGCGGUGCCGCUCACCAACGAGACCCACCACAUGAUCAACGCCACCACCCUCGGGAAGAUGAAGAAGAACGCCAUAGUCAUCAACGUCGGUCGAGGAGACGUGGUAGACCAGGACGCGCUGUACGACGCCCUGAAAAACAAUCAGAUCUACGCGGCCGGUCUCGACGUGGUCACGCCCGAGCCUCUGCCCAAAGACCACAAACUUUUGUCUUUGCCUAAUGUUUUCGUACUGCCGCACAUCGGCAGCGCCACGCUACGCACACGCAGCGACAUGGCGGUGCUGGCGGCAGAGAACGUCGUCAACGCGCUCACCGGGAAACCGCUCCUCACGCCCGUCCUACCAUAGACUAUAUACGCUACCAUAGACAAUAUACGCGACCAUAGACAAAAUACUCCUAAUAUGAAACUACCUACCUACUACUAACUAGAAAAAAUAUAUUUUUUUAUUAUUUUAGUAGUAUCUACUAGUAUCUACUAUCAUUGACUGAGCCUGCAGUAGCCAGUCAUACCUUAUUUAACAAUCUUUAUGACUCCCUGCGCGCAGGUCAUACAAAAAUCAAGACGUGUUAAGCAACUUCGUGUGGGUGGGUGGUGACCGCGCCUCUGCGUAACCGGGGAUACCUGAAAUCUUGUAUUGCGCAACUUAACGCACGAUGUUCGGAAACGUCAUGAUUGCAUCCGGCUUUAAGAUGACUGGCAAAAUCUCCGUAAUUGGCUACCAUAUUUACCAAAUUCUAUCUUAGAUCUUAUAAUUCGGAUGACAGUUUGGGUUUUGCAAUAAAAAGAAAUGCGUCAAACGCCUGUCUGUAGUUUGACAUGCACAUUUCUGCGUGAAACUAAAUGAUUGUUAUGACAGCAGAAACGUAUCUAUAAAUUAUUUUCAUUUGUCUGUGUUGGUAAACGGGUUUCUAUACCACACGCCUCCUCAUGUGUCACUCUAAAAUCUAAAUAAUUUAACAACACGUUUCUGCCGUGCUUAAGUAGCUUUAGUUUAACACAAUUGCGCGAAGUUAUUAAAGUGAACAAAACCAGCUGGGGCAAUUCUAACUAAACAUAAACAUAAUCUAAUAAACUUUACCUAAAUUGUAAAA